GGACACAACUGAACAAUUUCCCACAAUAUUUCACAAUCAAACGUGGAAGAUUUACAAUUAUUUUCCUCAUAUGUUUGGCAGUAAAAUAUGCCAGGACACACGAAUAAGAAACAGUCACAAAGAACAAAGGGAAAUGUCAGGCCUUCUAGUAGUAGUCAAGCUGCUCAGUUGCUAGUGACAACAGGAACUGCACCAACAGGUUUUAUAGGGUUUUCUGGUAGUCCAGGAUAUGUGCCAGCCAGUCAGGUCUUUGAUGAUAUUGAUAACACUUUAGAUGCUGAUUUCAGAUUGGUUCUGAGGAAGUUGACGAAGAAAGAUAGUACGACUAAAGUUAAGGCAUUACAGGAGUUCAGUGUACUAUGUGAAGAGAAAGACAUUGAACAUCUAAAGGCUGUAUUACCAUUCUGGCCAAGGAUCUAUAAUAAAGUCGCUCUUGAUGUAGACCAUAAAGUCAGAGAAUGUACCCAGCAGUCUAUGAACACUUUAGUGCUGAGAGUAAGGAAGAAUCUAGCCCCUUAUCUAAAGAGUUUGAUGGGAAGUUGGUUACUUUGUCAGUGUGAUACCUAUCCCACUGUGUCAACAGCAGCACAACAAGCAUUUCAAACAGCUUUCCCUCCAGCCAAACAGACUGAUGCCCUUGUCUUUUGUAAAUCUGUAGUCACAGAGUAUUUGGUGGAUAACCUCCUAAAUCAGACACCUAAUACAUUAAGUGAUUCUACUACAACUGAACAAGAUGAUAUGGUCAAUAAAUACAACAGAGUGUUAACAUCUUCCCUAUUGGCUCUUAGAAAGUUGAUUACUGCUAUACCCGCUAAUCAGAUUGAAGAUCUCAAACACCAUAUGCAAAAUUUACUGAAAGAUGGAAAAUUCUGGAAACAUGGAAAAUCAACAAUUACUUCAAUUAAAGCUGCCAUGUAUACUUUCCUAGCAGGACUUUGUCAGACAAUGCCAGAUGUUGCACAGGAAUUCUCCAAAAAGCUUUCCCCAUUCAUACUUAACAACAUAGAUGAAAGAGAUCCAGUGAUAUGCCCUGCUGUAUGGGAGGCUGUUCUCUCUCUGGUCAACUUUGUUAAGGAAUGUUGGACAGAUGUAAGCAUAGAGAAAUCAUUAUGGCCAAAAUUAAGGAACUUAUUAGAAAAUGGUUGCUAUGGAAACUGCUCCCUGAUUGCACCAGAUUUACUUCCCUUUAUUAGUAAGGUGCCACCUGAUUUACUGAAGGAAGAGAACAAGAUCUAUGUAGAAUUCUUGAAUCAUAUGAAGCUAGGACUAAGUAAAGAACAAGUCCAGACUAACUCUAGUGAAUGUAGUGCCUUUGUUAGAGCUUUUAUAGAAUGUAGUCAGUUUAUGAUGAAGGAAGUGACCAGUACUGGCAGUGAUUUGACAUUCUUAAAAAUAAUACUCCAUGAUCAGCUAUUACCAGUUGUAGUGUCUUCCAUAAUAGAGAAGGAAUCAGAAUUGUACAAAUCGCCUUUGUAUUGUAUGAUGGGAAAUGCCCUGGAGAAACUUGAAAAUGUGGCAACAGAUGAUGUCAGAAAAACUCUACUCUCCUAUUGGUCAGAAUUAUCAGAUAAAGUGAAAGAGAGACUAAGUGAGGAAGUUCAGGAUGAUAGUAUGAGAGUGGUAGAUCGGGUGAUGCUUCUAGUGAAAAAUUUGGUCUAUCCACAACUUACUGAAAAAGUAAAACCCAGUGUUGAUAUGAACUUAUUUGACCUUUCUCCAAAAAGUCAAGAUAGGAUAAAGCUAACAAAAGGCAUGAGUACUUUUGUACAAAAAUUAUCUAUACACGGUUUUCAGAAUGCACACAAACAGUGGAACCCACCAAGUUUGCAUCUUUUUGCAGCAUUAAUGGAAAUAGAGCCAGCAGAAGAUACAAUAAAACUUGUGAUAGAAAGUUGCCAUGGUGACAUAGAAACAGACAAAAGUCAUUCAAAUUAUUUUGUGUUCAAUGUUUGUUUACCAUGGCUUGAGCAUGCCCAGUCAGAAGAAAACGCAGCAGACCAAAAACAAAUAAUUAGUAUCAUCUGUACGUUUAUUGCAUUACUAGAAAACAGUUCACUGACUGUACUUCUCCAGACAUUAACUGAGACUGUUCAGAAUUUUGAAGCUUUCUACCAUCUUCUAACCAAAUGUAUCAAACUACAGUCGGAGUUUAGUAGUAUUAAAACUUGGUUAAAUAGUGACAUACUGGGAAACAAAUUGGUUGACAUAGCAACAGUCGUCUGUAAAGAGAGCACCAAACCUGUAGUUGAUAAUCAAUCUAGUAUACAGUUUGGAUGGGAUGUAAUAUCUUUGGUUCUCACUGCAGAUCAGAACUCAGAUCAAGUGAUCAGAGAAGACCAUAUCAAACAGAUAUUACAUAUUGUACACCAAACAUUGUUGUCAUUGGGUGACAACUCUGACCCUAACAACACAGAUAUAGCUGUUAAGUUUGUUUCCAAGGCAACACAGAGUUUCUUCAUCAGUUCUAAGAACUGUCUAUUGUUGCCAUCAGCUGAAGAUUUGUUGAUCACUCUGUUCACGAUAUCAUUGGAUGAUACAUACAAGGUUUCAGAUGAGACUUUGUCAGAAUCAGAACUUGUAUGGACCACUGGAAUAGGGUCUAUUGUUAGACAGACUGGUGGCUUGAUUAAAGAUGGUGGACUACUACAGAAGGCUGUUAAUGUUGUUAAAGACACAGUGAUCAGUGUACAACAGAUACAAAUAUUUGAUAGAAUAAUUAAAACAGUGGAUAAAUUGUUGACAGUUGUCAAGGAAAGCCUACCUGGAGAUAGGGGAGACAAUCCUAUUGUGUCAAAUCUUGUACAGAAUUUAUACACACAAGAAAUGGUUGCUCCUAGAAAGGUUUUAGAUUAUCUUAUAACCAAAGGAGAUUUGUCUUACCUGAGUAUGAACCAAACAUUAGGGUCAGAUGCCAGCUUUUCACAGAUUCUGUACUCAGCUUUGUAUAAUGCCAGACUUUUAUGUUGGUCAGUAGUUAAAGCAGAUGAACAGGAAACUAGAUCAGUAGAACUGGAUCCCAAGCAGAUUACACUGUUACUGUCAGUGUUACAUAGUAUGAAUAUUGUAAACCAGUGGAAAGAUAUAAAUAAUAUUGUCCAUGUAAACCUAUCCUUGUCACAGAGUAUUUCAAUUUUGGAAACUUUGGUAUCUACACUGAUCCAGAAGUUAACAGAAAACAGCAAAAAAUACCUACUUACCUCUGCUUUAGACAGUGCUGCAGAUAAAGGAUCAUUUUGGUGUCUAGCUUUACAGUCACUAAUGGCCAUGUACAGUAAAGAUACAGUAUUUACUUUGGACUUUAAUUCCUUGUUGGACAGAUGCAGUGAGUUAGAUGAGAAUAAGGUACAAGUCCUGCAGGUGGCAGCACCAUACCUAACAACAGAAAACAAACACACACUAGCAGAGAUAAUGGUAGCUAGAAUGAUGAGUGCUGAGCCUAUCUUCCCUGUCAAUGGUGGAAUUCAAGCACUUGCUGUAUUGAAUAGUAUUGUCACAGAGACUGGUGAAGUUGAUAGCUGUCGAGAUUUGAUUGAAGCAUCAAUGUCCCAGAUUAUGACCUGGAAGGAAGAUAAAGAUGAUUUUCUGCUAUAUUCAAGUGACAUAGGACAGUCAAGGUCAGACAUUAUAUUUGCCAACAUAGAAAUAAUGAAGUUCCUUCAGCAGACAGUCAGUCUUGUUUCCAUUUACCUGACAGACAAAGAGUGGGAUUUUAUAAUGUGCAGUGUUGUAUCAUUUGUACAGAGCAUUGAAGAAAGUGUAGAAAGAUUACCUACCUCAGUAGAAGUACAGAUAUUUACAUGUACAACAUGUCGUCUGCUAACAACAGUAGCCAGGUGUUUACAAACAGAUGUAGAAAAGUCUAUUUUCCCUCCAAAUCUGGUGACAGAAUGGAAUGAGUUUUUCAGUGAGGGAAUAUUUGGGGCAUUAUUACCACUUUUUGUCAAAACAGCAGAGAAUCACACUGAAUCAAUUACUGGUCAAAUUUAUCUUCUGCUGAAAUCACUAUCUCUGUCUGUCUGUCAGUGUCCAAAACAACAAGUAUUAGAUCACAAACUUGCCGCUUACCUUAAAGCUGAUGAUACAAGUGGUUUACCUGAUUCCUUGCAGACCUUGCUUAAUCAUGUAUGUCCAUUGUUGUCACAUGAUUUCAGAGAAGUUCAGUUGGCAGCAUUUCAUCUUUUGUACAGUAUAAUACCAGAAUUACCACAAUAUGAAAAGGAAAGUAAAGAUUCAACAGAAGAGGAAGUUUCAAGAUGUCCCCCACAACAACUGAUGACUAUACUAGUUGAUGGUAGUAAAUUAGAAGUACUGUCAUCUAGUCUGAAUGUGGAUCAGUACCUGAAAAUCACUCCAUUUACAGAUGAUUACACACUAGCAUUGUCCUAUUUAUUGACCUGGAGAUUGCUGCUAUACUUCUUUAAAAGUUCAACAGCAGAGAUUAGACAGGAAUAUGCUAUCUACUUCCGACAGACAGGUCUGGUCCACCAGUUACUGUCUAAUAUCUACAGACUUAUGCCUGAUAACCCUACACAAGAUACUAAAGUCAUGUUUGACAGAAACUUUUCUUUAAAUGUUGCAAAUGCUGCUACAGAUAAAGAUAUUCCAUAUUUAUCCUGUUAUGUAUAUAGACAUGCCUUACAGACUGUACCAGCCAUGGUGAGGACUUGGUGGAAAGAGCAAGACAGAAAAACAAUUAAUUAUGUUGAUAGAUUUACGAGUAAACAUGUGAGCCAGAUCUUAUGUACAGAAGAAAUACAACCAGUUAGUAAGACAGAUAUACAGUUAGAGAAUAUAACAAUUAAGACAAGACCUAUAACAAGGGAGGUAAUAGCUACAUACUCUUUGGAAGAGGUUACCAUAGAGAUGGUGAUAGCAUUACCUGAGAACUAUCCCCUCGGUACAAUAACAGUAGUCAGUGAGAAAAGAGUGGGUGUGUCAGCAGCAACAUGGGACAAAUGGCUGCUUCAACUGAAUGUUUUCUUACAGUAUCAGAAUGGUAGUAUUAUUGAUGGACUAAGGAUAUGGAAAAGAAAUAUAGACAAGAGAUUUGAGGGUGUAGAGGACUGCAUGAUAUGUUUCUCUGUCAUUCAUGGCACAAAUUACCAGCUUCCAAGACUCACAUGUAAAACUUGCAAGAAAAAAUUCCAUUCAGCAUGCUUGUAUAAAUGGUUCCAGACAAGCCACAACUCAACAUGCCCAUUGUGUAGGAAUUUAUUUUGACAGACAGGAAACAAGCAACUACCAAAAACUUUCAAGUUAUUUAUUGAAAUAAAUACUUUUAUGAAAA